GCACCAUCCGCUUUUGGUCUGUCUACAGUUUUGUUACGUGAAGGACAUACUCGUAGGCAGGUCCGACAACAUUUGUUGAUUUUUGCAUUAGCCGCUCCAUUGUCCGCACUUGUGACAUAUACUUUACUACAAAGAAACAAUGAGUUAGAUCCAACUGGUAUGAAAUGGUGGACUGCGAUGUUAUUACUCUUUUCCGGGGGCACAUUCUUAUAUGUUGCGAUGCAUGUAAUGCAAGAUAUUAUUAGCAGUGCAAAAGAUGGUGGAAUCAACGGAGGACACAGUGGCGGUAAAUUAGAAAAAUCGCAUAUUGGUUUCAUGCUAUUAGGAAUGUUUCUACCGUUGUUACUACAUUUCGAACACGGACAUUAA